CGCACACACGCACACACGCACACUCACUCACUCACUCUCACUCACAAUCACACACUUAUACAUACAUAUACAUAGAUGUGCAUCGGAUUGAUUAAAUUUCUUUUGUGCAUUUCAGAGUGAAUAUGUCAAUUUGUCGGAUCUAUAAAGACGGUGAAUUGUGAAGGAAUAUUUUUAGCAAGCGGCAAUUCAAGACGAAACUAAUAGUUGUGGCCAGUACAAGCAAUCUUCCAUGAAGUGCUCGCAUUAUGAUAAACAUGUGCUUUUACCAGUGCCAGAAAAGCAGAGACUGUACAGCCUUGAUAUUUAGAGAAAUUACUUCAUAAGAGUAUUUCUACAAACAGAGGGUUUGUGAUGAUUCCUCACAGCAAGAGAGCUUCAAAGGACAGCCGUGGAUAUCGUUUCAGCAGUGAAGUAAAACUUUCGCCUUUCUUCAUCUCCUUGUCUUCCACAGCAACUUUAAAGCAAAAAGUCACUACAUUUCAACAUUGAGGCUUUACAAGGCAUCUAGGGAAAUAUUUACGUCAACAAAGGAAACAAAAUGUUGGGUAAAUUAAGGCAAGGGAUUCGCUCUCUCCUGUCCUCCAUUAUUCUGGUGAUGAUGCUUCCCGUGGCAGCUCUGAAUUCGGGAGGUUUUGAUAAAGACGAUAUUCACUUUGCGCGCUUCUACAAGGCGGCAACGCAGACCAACAAACGGGCGCUGAAAGAGAUUUUUCUCCUGAUGUUUUACAGAGCGGGCGUGCGUCCCAUUGAAACUUGGAGUAAAACAGUGCAAGAGUUUUGUGUCGAGGUUUUGGGUUGGUCUAAUCGGAAAAUUCGUGAGACUUUCAAUGCCACCGAAAGAGAAAAGAUAGAAGAGCCGUUAAAUACAGCUGACUAUGAUAUUUCCCUGCUUGUCAAACUGUUGGGUAAACUCUUUGAAGAGUACAGAUUACCUGGACCACUGGUGAGGGCAAUACUAGAUUUGAAGAAUGUGAGAAACAGAGUUUGCCAUGAGCAACUAACUGUAGAUGAAAUUAGUUUACGUGAUAAUAUGGAAGACCUCAAACGGUUAUUAGAAAAUCUGUUUCACGAAGCUUCAGAUUUCCUUGGUAUGGAUCUCGGUAGCUUAAAACAGAAUUACUUAGCUGAAAUAGACGAAAUAAAAUCGGCUCCUCUGACAGGUCAGGCUACAGCGUACUUUGAGAAGGUGAAACAGUUCCGGGAAGAUCUUGUGGGAAAAUUUAUUACCCACGGUAGAAAAGAACUAAUGGCUUUUUAUGCUAACUUGAAGAUCCUGAAUCCUUUUACCUGGCUAAGUGAUGACAAAUUUCCUGAGCUCCUCGUGGACAAGAUCUUCACCCCUCUGCAUAUUCAAGAGAUAGGAAGAAUUAUAGAUAUUGAGACUUUACUCACUACUGAGCUCUUUUGUGAAAAGCAACAGAUACCAUUGGGAAUUCUGCCGUCUGUUCUUAUCUUGUGCGGUAUAGCUGGUUGUGGAAAAACUUCAUUGUGUCGUUACAUUUUGCAUGUUUGGCGGACUAGAAUGGAAACAAUCGAGGGGCUGAGAUCAGUUGAUAUUUUGAUAUUUAUUGAAGCCAGGAAUGUUACUGAAAGCUCGCUGGUUUCUUAUUUGCAAAAGACUUUGCUGCGGGAAACCUGUGAUUACUUUGAUGAAAAGGAAAUCAUAUUGACACUCCAUAAGGUGAAUGUUCUCUUUGUUAUUGACGGCAUGGAUGAAGCCACACCAAAUGGGAGAGCCUUAGUGGAGGAAAUACUUUCUACGCUUGGCUCCGCUCGCAUGAUUAUCACAACUCGACCUGAAUUCACUUCUAUGCUUACACAGAAAGCCACAAAGCAUCACUGUAAGCUCUUGACACUUCAGAUUAAGGGUUUCACAUCAGAGGGUUUAAGAAAUUUUAUCUCGAACAUGCUUAUGCGUUAUGAACCUGACAAAGAGAAGUGUCAUCGAAUGGUAGUGGAAUUUAAAAGUUACUUGAAUAGCACAGGAACUGCAUUUGGCGACCACCUCAAGUUACCCCUUACAAUAGCUCUCUUGAUUAUUCUGUGGAAAGACAACACAUCUCGAGUUUCGAAAAUAACAUCAUCGACUCUCCUGUUCUCCGAGUUGUUUAGACUGUGUGCCAUGAAAUUGAUUUCUCGACUUCAGGCAUCGACAUCCCUUCAUCAUAUAGAACUAGAGGGAAUCAUUAAUGACUGGUUGAUGAUACUUGCAGAAGAAGCAUUUUCAAUGCUUGAUGAGGGUAAGUUUGUAAUAGAACAAGCAAAGCAACUGAAGUUAUCAUCAUUUUGCCGGAAGGUCAAUAUCGAUGCAGUCCAGACUCUCUCUGCAUUUCUCUUGUGCGAAGUUAAAGAAAGUGUGGGUGGAAUAAACCACUCCUUCUCGUUUAUACACAAGAGUCAAAUGGAAUAUUUAGCAUCAUUACACAUAGUUCAACAUUUAUCUCGUGAGUACCCAAAAGUGAUGGCGAAAGUUCCCAGUCUUCCUAAAGAUCCAAUGUUAUUGAAAAUUCGGGAAACCGGUUGGUGGAACACUGUCCUCUUCACAUUAGGAAAUCUAUGCAUAGAAAACAAAGUUACUGAUGGCAUUCUGUAUAGUAUAACAAAAAAUCUCUUAAGCGGAAGCAGAACCAACUCCAUAAGCACGUUGUGGCGCAUAAUCCAAGAAUCAAACUGCCAUCCGCACGUUAGUGAAUUAGUCACUGCUGCAAUAUCUCAGGAACUCAUUUGGAAACCAGACCAUGAAAGCCUAUGUGAUCCAUUGAAUCCGAUGAUGUUAAUCCUGCAGAACACAGAUUUCGCACCGAAGGGUGUACUGAUGCGGAUUUACGGCAGUGUAAGCCAAGGGAAUGUUGCAGUGGAGGGCGGCGCGUUUGAGGUGAGAAAAAACAUCAAUGUCUUCCCAGUCUUACGGCUUUUAUCCAAACGGCCAGACAGUAACGUCGUCCUGAGGAUGGACCAACACUAUUACGAAUGGGGAAACUCGGAGACCGGCGACGACCUCCUCACAACCCUUUUGCCGGGGGGGAGACUGACUGCAUUCAUGGGGCAUUUGGGUGUCAAGGGCGUUGCCGCUCUCGUGGAUGUGCAAUAUCUAGGCGAGGUGUAUGUCCGUUUAUCCAGUGGCGAAGCUCUACAGGCGUUCAGCAAGUCCCUUAUGCAGACUGAAACCUUUAUCAUGAAGUUGACUCUCCGGCUAGACAUACCAUGGGAAGAAAGUGUAAAGUCUAUUCAGAGACUUGAUAAGCCCGGUAGAAUGUCUGUCAUAAUGAAGAAUGUGAGUGAUGAGAAUGAAACAUGGGCUGCAGAAGCGGUCUCUAGACUCCACCAGACUUACGUAGAGGUGGACCUUGUUGCUUCCAACCUCACCCCAGCAGGAGGAAUAAAGUUCAUGAAGAGGCUCGUGGAGAAGGAAGUCGCAGUAAUGCAUAAAGUCACAAUAAGGACAUGCCACAAAAUAGAGCCAGAAGAACGGGAGGUGCUGCUCGGGAUAAUGAAUAGCCAGACAGAGUGGUUAUGGUGAUAUUCCUCGAAAUGUGACUUACUCUACUUUUAAAUACUCAUUUAUCUCUCUGAAGUUUGUGUUUCCUGGAUAUGAAGUAGAAGAAAACUUUGAUUGUUUUUAUGUUUUUCUUGUAUGUAAAUGUAUGUAAUAUAACUGAUCUCAAAUGAAAA